CCAACGGCGGAGACCACCGCCGCCCCGUUCCGAUCGGACGGCUGAGAUCGCUCCUCGAGCCCUAUAUACGGCUCCACGGGCGCAUCUUUUUCCUUCCCCCCUCGCCGCCGCCUUCUCCAUCGUAAACCCUCGUCAGUUUGGAACAAUGGCGUUGGCUAAUAAGAUUGGUAAUCUGCUCAAGAGAGCCACGAGCUCAAGUCCAGCUCUCUAUCAAUCAAUCAGAUGCAUGUCAUCCUCAAAGCUUUUUGUUGGAGGCCUUUCGUACGGCACAGAUGAGCAGAGCCUCAGAGAUACUUUUGCCAAUUAUGGUCAAGUUAUUGAAGCUAAGAUCAUCAAUGACCGUGAAACUGGGAGGUCUAGAGGUUUUGGCUUCAUAACUUACGCAUCAAGUGAAGAGGCUUCAGCUGCAAUCACAGCCUUGGAUGGAAAGGAUCUCGAUGGGCGUAACAUCAGGGUUAACACUGCCAAUGAGAGAACUGGUGGCUUCCGUAGUGGGGGUGGUGGCUAUGGAGGCGGUGGCUAUGGCGGCGGCGGUGGCGGCUAUGGUGGUGGUGGCUACAGUGGUGGUGGUGGCUAUGGCGGUGGUGGCUACAGUGGUGGUGGUGGUGGCGGCGGCGGCUACCAAGGAGGCGGCGGUGGUUAUGGUGGCAACAAUGGAGGGUAUGGCAACAGGGGUGGUGGUGGAGGUGGUUAUGGAGUUGCAGAAGGAUCUGCAGAUGCCUUCUCUGGAAUCAACUUAGGUGGUGAUGGUAGUUUUGGUGGAAACCCAGCUGGAAGCUUUGGUGAUGCUGGAGGUUCCACUGGCGGUGGUGAUUUCUCCGGUGCCGGUGGUGACAGCUUUGGAAGCCGCAAGAACGAUGAGCUCAUGGAUGACCUCUUCAAGGAUGACGAGCCUGACAACUAUGCCAACAAGCAGGGCUAAUUAAUCUACGUCCUUCGAGCCUCAGUUUGCAGUCUCUUAGUGAUGAACCGGCUCACCUGAAUGGUCAUCACCUGCUCAAGCAUCAAAUUCCAGAACAAUACACAAUGACUGGGUUUUCUUUUUCUUCUGUUCUUUUUCAUAGAUGUGGUGUAAUAACGUAAACAUCACUCAAGGUACUACUUCUAGUUAUGUUAUGUUGAGAUGACAAUGGAGGUGUUUUAAAUGUCUGUUUUUAUUCCAUUAGCUCUGUUUGAAA